AUGUUUCACAACUGUGUUGCUACCCCGUCUCAAUCAUCUAACCAUUCUCCUCCUCCUCCAAAUAAUCGAUACCUUCUUACUCCCAUUCCUUCUUCAUCACCUUCUUCUUCUUCUUUUUCUUCUUCUUCUUCUUCUUCUUCUUCUUCUUCUUCUUCUUCUUCUUCUUCUUCUUCUCUUCAUGCUAUGCCAGCUUUUCUUCUUUCUUUUUUCUCUCCAUCGACCUUUCUCUCUUCAUCUCACUUCGCAGCUUUUUCGUUUUCAACCACCGGCCGCCCAUCACUGAGUGAGGCUUUCUCCAUCCACCACACCAACUUAGACAAACGGAACAGACCCGACGCUGCCUCCUACUCCAUAUCCUCUUCCACCUCUAGCUUUCUCUUUCUCUCUUUCUCUCUUUCCACCUCCUCCUGGCGACAGCUGCAGCAGAUAACACCGUACUUAGGACAGGUUCCCCAUCAGGAAAACUUCAAGACGAAACCGCAACAAGCAACCUCACCUCCUCCUCCUCCUCCUCCUCCUCCACCUCCUCCUCCACCCCUACCCACUGUAAGCAUCACGCCUGGCACCAACGCACCACCAACCCAGCUUCCCCAACAACCCUCCCUCGGACCGCACCAGCCCUCGUCGUCAACACCUCCACCGCCGCCGCCACCUCCACCGCCUGUGCAGACCCCACAGAGAAAACAAUCCAGUAAACAUAAGCCGAGCCAUAAACCAUCGCAGCAACAACAACCGUCACAACAACAACAACAACAGCAAUCUGUGACGACACACGGACUGUCCAAAUUGAAGCAGUCCCAACGCCGACAGGUGCCCCCGCCACCCCCGCCGCCACCGAUCCAACAGCAGCGCUCGGCUAUUCAGCCGUCACCCAAAAAGCAACAACAGCCAGGCCAGCGCCAACCAGCCCCAGCAUCCACGCCCCUCCCAGCAGCAACCCCUUGUGAACCACCACCACCACCAACAACAAAAUCAACAGCAACAAGAACCGGCUUCUACACCGACUCCUACACCACCUCCCCCACCCCCGAUUUCCCCCCACCCAAAAAUCCCCAACACCACAAGCAGGUGCAUUCUUCUUGUGAGGUGCCCCGCCCGUCGGGUCUGACGAUUGACCGGAACGGAACUCUCGGCACCACAGAUCUGGGAAGUCUCCAGCUGGCCAAAAAGACCCAACAACAACAGACACCCCAACCCAUAGGUCUCCCACAGUCACCCCUUGUCCCACUGCCCGCCUCCCAGCCAUUGUCACCUAUUGCUGCUGCUGCAGCUGUCCUUGCAGCUGAAAAAAUUGCAACCCCACAGGCUAACCACCAGAACCACCCUCCCCACCACCACCACAACAACAACAACAAAAAAAAUCCUGCAGCAAAUCCGCCCGCAGUCACCUCUACGACUGCGAAAACCACCUCGAAAACCACCAACGGGACCGCACGAACUGGCUCGGCGGCGGUGGUGACCCCAGCAGGAGCACGACAACCUCUUCCUCCACCACAGGCACGGGCACAGACCCCAAAGACUGGCUCAUCACCACCGCCGCCCUCGACGCAUCUUUCAAACACCCCGGUCUCUCUUGCUCAACAACAUCACCGGCCACAGGCCAACAGUGCCAGCCCGACUCAACACUCCGGUUCCAUCAAGGAUCUCAGACAGAAAAAAGGACCUUCGUCAGCUGCUGGGCAGCAAAUAUGUGACGGUAGAUAUGAUAUUUGCUCAAUGGGAAAAAGUAGGUCCCUGAACCGAAAGUUACCACAGAAAACCCCGCUGGACGAAGACAUCACCGUUCUGGAAGAGGUUCCUGUCGUCGCAUUGCCAACAAAGGAAGAAGCAUCAAGGAAGAUCACCAUAGCAACACCCAAGACAAUAGACACGUCAAACAAAAGGUGGGAAUUUGUAAUCUCUGUCCAAUUUAUUUAUAACAGCACAUUUCACUCACACGAAUGCAUGUAA